AUGGCCUUUCUCAAGAAUCUCUUUCGCUGCAAACUCUGCAAAAGCAGAAAACAUGAGCUCGAAGCAAGAAACACAGCAAACAGUAGAGUUACGCAAGAGCUCCAACCAUUGCCUACAGACAUUACCAAUCCGGUUCAACCCUCUCCUCCAUACGAUGCAACGCCACUAUCCGCCACCGAAAUCGCCGAGGCUUACCGCCGCAAGGUCGAUUUGGAGAUGACACCCCCCGAGCCUACCUGGAAGCGCCUACCCCUGGACAAGAAGCUGGAAGAGGAGAGGAACCCCGGUUAUCGAGCCGACACCUGGUAUCACGUCCACAUUGGCGAGGUCAUCAACGAGAGGUAUCAGGUAUGCACCAAACUUGGCUGGGGCGACACUUCGACAGUCUGGCUGGCCAAGGACUUGCGAAACGCACGCUACGUAAGCCUCAAAGUCUGCGCCAACCCUAAUGACCAGCGCCUGCGCGAGCUCGACUUUCUUCUGCAUAUUACACGGCUCUACUCUGACCAUCCGGGUGCACAAAGCGUCGCCACGCUGCUCGAUCACUUCCGCGUCCACCGCCGAGGCUACGCCUACCUGUGCCUGGUGACCAAUGUGUUGGGCCCCAGCCUGGCUGUUCGCGUCCGUCCCGAGGUCCGUCAGCUUGAGAUUGACUGGCUCAAGGAGCAGCUCUAUCGCCUCUUGCAGGCAGUGGAUUUCUUGCACUCUGAGGCACACAUUGUACAUGGAGAUAUAUGGCCCCCCAAUGUCCUCUGCGCCAUCCCGGACCGACGCGUCCUCCAGGCCCUCGACGACCUCGAGGCGACGCAGCCCAGUAACCGUAAACUAGACGGCGGCCGGGUGAUUUACGAGUCGCGGGCGGUACAGCUCACGGGAGAAGAGGAGCCGUCCUUGUUGACUGCGCGGGCGCCGCCCGUGCUCAUUGACUUUGGCAACUCGCGCCUCAGCCCCGACGCCUUUGACCUCGAGCAUAUGCGCUUCCUGCGCGAGAGCGAUAAUAUGCGCGCCGACGAGCCGUACCAACCCGAACGGGAUAUUCAGUGGAUUGGUCGAUUGUUCGUCGGUCUGUUGGAAGGUCGAGCCUUAUACAAGAAGAACAUGGCAAAGGAGGGCGAUUGUACCAAGAACAAGGAUUUGGAAGGCGAACUCAAGGGCGAAGAAAGCGACCUGCGAGCGCUCGUCUGGAGGAUGAAGAACAUUACGGUACCAAAAGAGAAACCGGCGAGCGCCGCAGAUGAGGAGGCCAAAGAGGAAAAAGACAUUGGCCCCGUCCUGACUGUGAAAGGGCUUCUUCGAGACCAGAUCUUUCUGAGCGCGUCUUUUCAUCAUAGUUGGUAA